GGGAGGGAGGGAGGGAGAAAUCUAGUGGGGUGGGCAGGCAAGGAGAAGAGGGGAGGGGGCGGCCCGGGGCAAGGGGCUCUGCCUGGCCUGGCAGGACCCUGGCCCAGCCCCCAACCCCAGCCCCCAGCAUGGCCGAGCCGCUACUCAGGAAAACCUUCUCCCGCCUUCGGGGCCGGGAGAAACUUCCUCGGAAAAAGUCGGAUGUGAAGGAUAGAGGCCGCCCAGCCCCAAUCCCAGAACCCAGUGUUCCUGAGCCAGCACUCGAAGUCCCCAAGAUAGAAGCAGCAGGGCCUGGGGAAGAGGAACCUCCCAGUCCUGAAGUGUCAAGAAAUCCAGCCCGGGGGGCCUAUCUGCAGAGCCUGGAGUCCAGCAGCCGCCGCUGGGUGCUGGGAGGCAGCAAGGCUCCUGAGGAAACAAGUCUAGGAUCUGGAGGACCAAGUGAACUAGUGGGAGAGAUAUGGUACAAUCCUAUCCCUGAAGAGGACCCAGGAAGCCAGGCAUCUGGGGGAAGGACAGCCCAGACCACACCAGCCCAGCAGGAGGGUGCAGCCCCUGGUGGACCAGCCCCAGAGGUUGUCCCCAGCAAUCCCCCUGCUAAACCAUCACGAACCAAAUCUCCAGGCCCUGCAAGGCGCCUCUCAAUGAAGAUGAAAAAAUUGCCUGAACUGAGGCGGCGAUUGAGCCUCCGAGGGCCCAGAAGUGGGCGGGACCGUGAGGGUGAACGGGAACGCGCAGCCCCAGCUGGCUCGGUCAUAAGCCGGUAUCACCUGGAUAGCAGUGUGGGAGCACAAAGAUGUACAGAGGGAGCCCAGGGGAGCCAGACCGGCUACCUCAGUGAUGGUGACUCCCCUGAACGGCCUCCUCACCCAUCUCCUGAUGCCUUCCAGCCCUAUGAAGCAGUUACACCACCCCGUGCCUCACCCCCUGCCCUUUGGGGGCGCCUCAGUCUGCACCUAUAUGGGCUAGGGGGACUGCGCCUGCCACCAGGACCCACCUCACCAAAUCUUUGUUGCCUGCUACAAGUGGAUGGUGUUCCAAAAGCCAGGACAGGACCACUUCGAGGGGGUGGCACUGAUUUCCUAAGGCUUGAUCACACCUUCCACCUAGAGCUGGAGGCUGCCCAUCUGCUCCGAGCCUUAAUCCUGAUUUGGGACCCCUGUAUUCAGCGCCACCGUCCCUGUGCUCAUGGCACUGUGCUGCUGCCCUCUCUUUUCCGAGGGUGCAGGGCCCAGCAACUAGCAGUGAGGCUAGAGCCCCAAGGCCUGUUAUAUGCAAAGCUGACACUCUGGGAACAGCAGGAAGCCCCAAGAAGCCAGGAACCCAGAGUCUUUGGGUUACCUCUGCCAUUGCUUGUAGAGCGGGAACAAGCUCCAGGUCAUGUGCCCCUCAUCAUCCAGAAGUGCAUUGGGCAGAUCGAAAGAAGGGGACUCCGGGUGGUGGGGCUAUACCGGCUAUGUGGCUCAGCAGCUGUAAAGAAGGAACUUCGGGAUGCCUUUGAGCGAGACAGUGCAGCAGUGAGUCUCUCAGAGGAGUUAUAUCCAGACAUCAAUGUUAUCACAGGGAUCCUCAAGGACUACCUAAGAGAGCUACCCACACCCCUCAUCACCCCACCACUCUACCAAGUCGUCCUGGAAGCCAUGAGGCAGGGGCCACCCAGAGGCAGGGUCAAUCCACAAGGUACCAGAGAGCUCCUCCAAUGUCUGCCUGAAGUUGAGAGGGCCACGCUGACUCUGCUCCUGGACCACCUGCGCCUGGUCUCCUCCUUCCACGCCCACAACCGCAUGACCCCCCAGAACCUGGCCGUCUGCUUCGGGCCUGUGCUGCUGCCCCCGCGCCAAGCGCCCAGCCGGCUCCGAGGAGGCUACCCCGCCCCGGGCUCGGGCUCGGGCUCCGGCUCCAGCCUAGCCAGCGCCGUGGACUUCAAACGUCACAUCGAGGUGCUGCACUAUCUGCUGCAAGCUUGGCCAGAUCCCCGCCGCCCACCAGAUCCUCCAGACAGCGUCCCCUACCUCCGCCCGAAGCGGCAGCCCCUGCUGGAACUGCCGCUGGGGGAGCCCGAAGUGGUGACACGGCCCCGAGACCGAAGUGGGCCCGAGAGCCCCCCUAGCAACCGCUACGCUGGAGACUGGAGCAUCUGCGGGCGGGACUUCCUGUCUUAUGGGCGGGACUUCCUGUCCGGCCCGGAUUAUGAUCAAGUCGCUGGGAGCAGCGAAGACGAAGACGACGACGAUGAGGAUGAAGGCAGAGGGCGAGAGAGAGACGGUGACUUCGUGGGCGACUUUGCUCUUAUGGAUGAUGACCCUGAGGCUCCUUUCAACACCCGCCUCAACCUCAAGGACUUUGACACCCUGAUCCUGGACCUGGAGAGGGAGCUGUCCAAGCAGAUAAAUGUGUGCCUUUGAGCCCUGGCAGGGAUCCCGCCUCCCGUUGCUAGGGACCAUGUUUCCUUGUUGCUAGGGACCAGCCUUCCGUUGUCAAGGGCCAUCUCCUCGUUACCAAGGAUCGUUCUUAACGGGGAUAAGAAGCCCUCUCUCCACAGACCUUUCCCCUGAAAACCAGGGACUGCUUUUCCUGAGGCCAGGUUGGUAACCUCUGUGGAGGCCAGGCUAGUGCAGCCAUUUUUCCCAGUGAAAGUGAGACUGGAGUGGAAAGGGCAGAGAAUCCAAGUCAGAAAUCCCGUGCUCAGAUCAGCCCAGCUCCUUGCCACAGUGUCAGCUAGGGCAGGUCACUUCAGCUCUCUGGGCCUCAGUCUCCUCAUUUGUAAAAAUGAGGAGGGUAGGACUAGAUGGUCUCCAAGGUCUCCUCCAGUUCUAAAAUCUUAUGAUUUAUUAUCUUGCUGUGAUCACCCAACCGCCCCUGGGCGUACUCCCACACACCCUCCCUUGCUGCUGCCAGCCAAAUCAGUAUUAGCUUUGGACCAAGCGCUCUGCCACCUCCUCUUUCCCUAAGCCCUAAAAUGAGCAGUGUCAUUUUGGAAGUCCAUGAGCUUAUCACAGAUCAGGGCUAUCUAAAGACAUAGCAACUGAUAGUGACGUUUACCCUACCUCCAAAAGUAUGCACCCCCUUUUCCCCUGCUCCCAAAGGAGAGAGGAAAAGUCAAUCAUUGCCUCAGAAGAGCAAGUAGGGGUAGCAGAGUAAGGUCCUAACCCUCUCAGGCCCACCAAACUAAGCACUUACCCUCUCUAAAGGAUGGCUGUCCAUUCUUUCCUCUCCAUCCCUCCAAGAGCCAGGCUGGUAUACUUUGGUACGAACAGGCUCUUAUUUAUUGCCUCAGCUGUGAGAAUAUGUAUGUUUGUGUGUAUGUUUAUGUGUGUGUUGAGAAUAUGAAAGAAAAUUAUAUACAUUUAUAUAGAUGUCUGGGGCUCUAGGCCAGGGAAAAUAUGGGCAUGAGUCAGCAGUGGAUAUAUACUUUCUGAGGCUACAACCAGUAGGUACCACUGUGGAACCCUACCCCAACCCAAAUCUCUCUCACCUGUGAGGAGCCAUUGGUGGGAAAGUUAGGGUCCUUCUCACCAUCACCUAAUACCCUCCCUCAACCCCAUCCUCACUGUGUGAACAAUAAAUCAUUAUGCACAGGUACCAGGGCUGAGUCCUUG